AUGCUGUGGCUGGUGUUCCUGACCCUCCCAGGCCUGGGGGGCUCCGUGCCCAUGUCCCCGGAUCCCAACCUGGGGAGGGAGCGGGCUGGCCCUGUGGGGGUACAUGAUGCUCCUGCUGGUCGGUGGCCAUGGCAGGUCAGCCUCCGAGUGCACAGUAAGGACCGUGAGCAGUGGCAGCAUGUCUGCGGGGGCUCCCUCGUCCACCCUCAGUGGGUGCUGACCGCAGCCCACUGCACUGAAUGGGGUGACUUGCAGGCUUGUGCCGUCAGGGUCCAAGGUGGGCAGCUGAGACUCUAUGACCACGACCAUCUGACCAAGGUGACGCAGAUCAUCCAUCACCCCAGGUUCAACGCCAGCCUGUCUGUGGAGGGAGGUGCUGAUGUCGCCCUGCUGAGACUGGAGGCCCCUGUGAUGCUCUCCCAUCACGUCGGCAUGGUCUCCCUCCCGCCUGCCUCACUAAGGGUCCCUGAGAGGCAGAUGGGUUGGGUGACUGGCUGGGGUUACAUCAGACUUGGAGCGCCGCUGCCCCCGCCCUACCACCUGCAGGAGGUGGAAGUGCCUGUUGUGGGGAACGAGGCCUGUAACCAGUGCUACGAGAAAGCCUCCUCAAACAGCACCGAGCAGAUCAUCAGGGAUGACAUGCUGUGCGCGGGGAGCUAGGGCUGGGACUCCUGCCAGGGCGAUUCUGGGGGCCCACUGGUAUGCAGCUGGAAUUGCACCUGGGUCCAGGUAGGGGUCGUGGUGAGCUGGGGAGACAUCUGUGGUCAUCACGACUUCCCUGGGGUGUACGCCCGAGUGAUGAGCUACGUGUCCUGGAUCCACCAGUACGUUCCCCAGACCCCGGAUGGGCCUGGGGUGGGGUCCGCAUGA